UCCGAAUCCGAACCAGGCUUCACCCUGGCGUGAGAUAGCGUGCAAGACCGGAACUGGGAACUGAGAGUGACACUCGCGGUGCUUAUCAUGGAUUCAGUAACGAGGGAAGAAAUUGCUCGUCAGAGCGCUCAGCUCGAUAGAACCAACUCACACUACUCGAGGGCAUCCCAGGUAUCGCAUCGUCGGUCGACUUCGGACACGAUUGGUCAAGCCCUAUGGCGAAUGUUGUCCCACGAGUCGACUUGGUCUCAACGCGCUGAAAGGGAGAUGUACGACACCGAGGCCCAAGAAGACCAGGAACCCUUUGCUCAAAAUGCAGAGCAAUGGGCUCUGGCCGAACAGUUCAAACUCGCCCACGGGCAGGAGAACGAUAAAGAAGAGGCCGACCGGGCGCUGGGUGUGACCUGGCAGCAUUUGACCGUCCGCGGGCUCGGUAUGGACGCGGCCGUCCAUGAGAAUGCGUUGUCACAGUUUAAUAUCCCUCAAAAAAUAAGAGACAGCCGUGCUCCACAGUCCCUGCGCACCAUCCUGGAUGACUCUCACGGUUGUGUGAAGCCAGGGGAGAUGUUGUUGGUGCUCGGUCGGCCCGGCGCUGGAUGCACAACGCUGCUCAAGAUGCUGGCAAACAAAAGAGGUGGGUACAGGGAGGUCAAAGGCAACGUCCGCUUUGGCUCGAUGACACCAGCUGAGGCGGCCAAAUACCGGGCGCAAAUUGUCAUCAACACAGAAGAGGAGAUAUUCUUCCCUUCUCUCACUGUCUCGCAGACGAUGGACUUUGCCACCCGGAUGAAGGUCUCGGCCAACCGUCCGGAUAAAUUGCGAAGCCCAGAAGCUUAUCAGCAAUACUUCAAAGAUUUCUUACUGGCCUCGAUGGGCAUCGAGCACACGAACGACACCAAAGUCGGGAACGAGUACAUCCGAGGUGUUUCAGGCGGCGAGCGAAAAAGGAUAUCGAUCAUCGAGUGUCUGGCGAGCCGAGCCAGUGUAUUUUGUUGGGACAACAGCACCCGUGGGCUCGAUGCAUCCACGGCACUCGAAUGGACGAAAGCCGUCCGGGCCAUGACUGACAUCCUGAAAUUGACCACAAUCGCUACGCUGUACCAGGCAGGCAAUGGAAUCUACAACUUGUUUGACAAGGUCCUCGUGCUUGAUGAAGGCAAGCAGAUCUAUUACGGACCCACGAAGGAGGCACGGCCUUUCAUGGAGAAGCUCGGCUUCAUUUGUGACAACGGGGCCAACGUGGCCGACUUUCUCACCGGCGUGACGGUCCCCACUGAACGCGCCGUGCGAGAAGAAUGCCGGAUGACCUUCCCAAAAGAUGCUACCAGCCUCCGUGAUAUCUACCUUCAGUCCGAAAUCAAUCGCCAAAUGAGUCUUGAGUACGAUUUUCCCGACACCGAGACCACUCAAGUCGCAACCACAAAAUUCAAGGAAAGCGUGACGAACGAGAAGGCCAAGGAGCAGCCGAAGAGUUCGCCAUUUACCGUACCCUUCAAGAUCCAGACCAGAAACGCAAUCAUUCGCCAAUACCAAAUCAUAUGGGGUGACAAGGCCACCUUUGCGGUCAAGAACAUGACCAUCCUGAUUCUGGGCCUUGUCACCGGGAGUCUCUUCUACGAUGCGCCGGACACUUCGGCGGGCCUGUUCUCGAAAGGAGGUGCCCUCUUCAUCUCCAUCCUCGCCUUCGGUCUGAUGGCCAUGUCCGAAGUGACGGACAGUUUUUCUGGUCGAGCUGUACUCGCCAAGCACAAAGAUUUUGCCUUUUACCACCCUGCAGCUUUCUGCAUCGCCCAGAUUUCGGCCGACAUCCCCGUAAUUCUGUGUCAGAUUACUGUCUGGUCGCUCAUCAUUUACUUCAUGGUGGGCUUACAGAUGUCAGCCGGGUCAUUCUUCACGUUUUGGAUUGUUUUAUUCGCCGUGUCCAUGUGCAUGACAGCCAUGUUUCGACUGGUGGGAGCUUCUUUCAGUAAUUUCGACGAUGCAUCAAAGGUCUCCGGCUUUCUGGUCGGGGCAUUGAUCAUGUAUUCCGGCUACAUGAUUCCCAAAGGUGGAAUGUAUGAUUGGUUCGUCUGGAUCUACUGGAUAGACCCCUUGGCAUACGCAUUCUCCGCUUUGAUGGGCAAUGAGUUCAAAGGCCGUGUCAUCGCAUGCGUCCGAAACAAUCUGAUCCCGUCGGGCCCGGGCUACACCAACAGCGCUUUUGCGGCCUGUGCAGGGAUCGGUGGUGCGUCGGUUGGAGCGACGUCCGUGACGGGUGAACAGUACCUGAGGUCGCUGUCCUAUUCCAGCUCGAACGUCUGGAGGAACUUUGGUAUUCUUUGGGCGUGGUGGGCUCUUUUUGCGGGUCUGACCAUCUUUUUCACCACCCGAUGGCACAACACAGCGAUGGGUGGAGGUGUCCUUUUGAUCCCCCGUGAACGCCUCCAGCAGAAAAGAAUUCUCAGCCCACAAGACGAAGAGUCUCAGUCGAGAGAAAAGAGCUCCAACGUCGACAGCUCUGCCAGCGAGGUGGACAAGAACAACGGUGGUCUCGACUUGGUCCGAAACACCUCGAUCUUCACCUGGAAGAAUCUCUCCUACACAGUGAAAACGCCCUCUGGCGAUCGGCUCCUUCUGGAUGGCGUCCAAGGGUGGGUGAAACCGGGCAUGCUGGGCGCAUUGAUGGGCUCGUCGGGGGCGGGCAAGACGACCCUCAUGGACGUGCUCGCCCAGCGCAAGACGGAUGGCACCAUCCGCGGUUCCAUCCUGGUCGAUGGCCGUCCUCUCCCGAUCUCGUUCCAGCGCUCUGCGGGAUACUGUGAGCAGCUGGAUGUGCACGAGCCGUAUGCGACCGUGAGAGAAGCACUGGAAUUCUCCGCUCUUCUCCGCCAAAGUCGUGACACCCCUGAGGUGGAGAAAUUGAAGUAUGUGGAUACCGUCAUCGACUUGCUCGAACUGCAUGAUUUGGAGAACUCCCUCAUCGGUCGCCCUGGUGCCGGUCUGAGUGUCGAGCAAAGAAAACGGGUGACCAUUGGCGUCGAACUGGUGGCUAAGCCGAGCACCCUCAUCUUCCUCGACGAGCCCACAUCAGGCCUGGAUGGACAAGCAGCCUUCAAUACUCUCCGUUUCCUGAAAAAACUGGCCGCCGCCGGACAAGCUGUGCUGUGCACUAUUCACCAACCGAGCGCCCAGCUCUUUGCUCAGUUCGACACGUUGUUACUGUUGGCCAAGGGCGGCAAAACGGUCUAUUUUGGCGACAUCGGCGAGAAUGGAAAGACGAUUCGGGAUUAUUUUGGUCGCAAUGGCGCCCCUUGUCCACCGGAUGCCAAUCCUGCCGAGCACAUGAUCGACGUCGUCUCCGGUCACCUGUCCAGGGGCCACGAUUGGAACGAGGUCUGGCUCGCGUCUCCUGAAUGUCAAGCCGUCACUCGCGAGCUCGAUGCCAUGAUCGAGGAUGCAGCCUCCAAGCCGCCCGCCACCGUCGUCGACGAUAGUGAAUUCGCCACGACUUUGUGGACGCAAACCAAGCUUGUCACCCACCGAAUGAAUCUCGCUCUCUUCCGCAAUCUGGAGUACGUCAACAACAAGAUCGCGCUGCAUGUAGGGUCUGCGCUGUUCAACGGCUUCUCGUUCUGGAUGAUUGGCAAUUCGGUCAAUGACCUACAGCUGGCCUUGUUUUCUAAUUUCAACUUCAUCUUCGUUGCGCCCGGCGUCAUCGCGCAGCUGCAACCUUUGUUCAUUUCUCGCCGUGACAUAUACGACGCCCGGGAGAAGAAAUCCAAAAUGUACAGCUGGAUCGCGUUCGUCACCGGCCUCAUCGUCUCCGAGAUCCCGUACCUGAUCAUCUGCGCGGUGUUCUACUUUGUCUGCUUCUACUAUACCGUCGGCUUCCCCUCGGACGCUGAUAAGGCUGGUGCCGUCUUCUUCGUCAUGCUCGUCUACGAGUUCAUCUACACGGGGAUGGGGCAAUUCGUCGCCGCGUAUGCUCCGAACGCGGUGGCGGCAUCCUUGAUCAAUCCAUUCCUGAUCUCCAUGCUGACCUCCUUCUGCGGCGUCCUCAUGCCAUACAACCAGAUCCAAACAUUUUGGCGCUACUGGAUGUACUAUCUGAACCCCUUCACGUUCCUGAUGGGCUCCCUGCUCACCUUCACCAUCUUCGACAAGCCCGUCCACUGUUCCGAACGCGAGUUCGCCGUGUUCGACACGCCCAAUGCCAAUCAGACCUGCGCUGACUAUCUCGCCGACUACCGACUGGGCAUGGGGUCCCGGAUGAAUUUGACCAAUCCGGAAGCAACGUCCGGUUGCCGUGUCUGUCAAUAUACGCGUGGCAGUGACUACUUGGAUACGCUAAACAUCAAAAACUACUACUACGGCUGGCAGGACGCCGGCAUCUGCGUCAUCUACGCCUUCAGCAGCUACAUCCUUGUCUACGUCUGCAUGAAACUACGGACCAAAACCAGCAAGAAAGCUGAGUGAAGCAAUUUGAGACGAAACAAACAAGACAACCUUGAUCCUAGGUUCGCGGGAACUUCCCCGCUGAGUUGGGCGGCUGAUACCGCCGCUUUCGUAGGCGGAUUUCCUCCAUGCCAAGAAGGCUGAACAUAGGUCGCUCUUUCCAACCCAUAUCGACUCCACCACCCAUACAACUUUCCCGAGCAUCAUUGACGAACUUGGAACUUGCUGAAAAUGGUACCCUCAAGAAGCGGCAGGCGGACUCGAUAGAAGAAAAUUUUGGGGGUGUACAAACAUGGAUAAUAUCGACCUGCGUUCUCAAGUCAAUUCAAAGUGUAAUUAACAUUCGGUCUCGUGGAGGAAGGCGUAAUAGAGCGAAGGUUUUGCUCAUCCAGAGCUGGGGACUUCAAGACCGAAGUUGAGGCCCUAUAGCAUCCUCGAAGUUAAAUCUACGCUCAAACACCCUAGCCCACUUUUUCUCACACAAUCAUUACAUGCACCAGAUUCAC